AUGUCCAGUGGGGGUAGGUUUAAUUUUGACGAUGGAGGGUCCUACUGCGGAGGCUGGGAGGACGGCAAGGCGCACGGCCAUGGGAUCUGCACCGGCCCCAAGGGCCAAGGCGAAUACACCGGCUCGUGGAGCCACGGCUUCGAGGUGCUGGGCGUCUACACCUGGCCCAGCGGCAACACGUACCAGGGCACCUGGGCGCAGGGCAAGCGCCACGGCAUCGGCCUGGAGAGCAAGGGGAAGUGGGUGUACAAGGGCGAGUGGACUCACGGAUUUAAGGGGCGCUACGGGGUGCGGGAGUGCACGGGCAACGGGGCCAAGUACGAAGGGACCUGGAGCAACGGGCUUCAGGACGGCUAUGGAACCGAGACGUACUCUGAUGGAGGCACGUACCAGGGCCAGUGGGCCGGCGGCAUGCGCCAGGGCUACGGUGUUCGGCAGAGCGUCCCAUACGGCAUGGCGGCGGUCAUCCGCUCGCCCCUGAGGACGUCCAUCAACUCCCUGCGGAGCGAGCACACCAAUGGCACUGCGCUGCUCCCCGACGCCUCCCCGGCAGUGGCUGGCAGCCCGGCCGUGUCCCGAGGCGGCUUCGUCCUGGUGGCCCACAGCGAUGCCGAGAUCCUCAAGAGCAAGAAGAAGGGACUUUUCCGGCGCUCACUGCUGAGCGGCCUGAAGCUACGUAAGUCUGAGUCCAAGAGCAGCCUGGCCAGCCAGCGCAGCAAGCAGAGCUCCUUCCGCAGCGAGGCCGGCAUGAGCACGGUCAGCUCCACCGUCAGCGACAUCCACUCCACCAUCAGCCUGGGCGAGGCCGAGGCCGAGCUGUCGGCCGUCGAGGACGACAUCGACGCCACCACCACCGAGUCCUACGUGGGCGAGUGGAAGAAUGACAAGCGUUCGGGCUUCGGCGUCAGCCAGCGCUCGGACGGACUCAAGUACGAGGGCGAAUGGGCUGCCAACAAGCGCCACGGCUACGGCUGUAUGACCUUCCCCGACGGCACCAAGGAGGAGGGAAAAUAUAAGCAGAACAUCCUGGUCAGCGGCAAGCGCAAGAACCUCAUCCCCCUGCGGGCCAGCAAGAUCCGCGAGAAGGUGGACCGGGCUGUGGAGGCAGCCGAGAGGGCUGCCACCAUUGCCAAGCAGAAAGCGGAGAUCGCGGCUUCCAGGACCUCCCACUCGCGGGCCAAGGCUGAGUCGGCGCUCACAGCUGCUCAGAAGGCUCAGGAGGAAGCUCGGAUCGCCAGGAUCACCGCCAAAGAGUUCUCCCCCUCCUCCCAGCACAGAGAAAACGGGUUUGAGUACCAGCGGCCCAAACACCAGCACUCGAGUGAUGACCUCGAGGUGGCCUCGGUGGGCACCCCUCUGCCACCAGAGAGCCCCGAGCUCUACCGGAAAGGCACGACACCCUCAGACCUGACGCCAGAUGACAGCCCCCUGCAGAGUCUCCCCGCAAGUCCCUCGGCCAGCCCGCCCCCAGCCCCGGCCCCCCGGAACAAGACGGCCCACUUCUCCCGGCAGGUGUCUGUGGACGAGGAGCGGGCUGGGGACAUCCAGAUGCUCCUGGAGGGCUGCGGAGGGGACUGCUCCAGGAACAGCUGGGCCGAUGAGAAGGCGGGAGGCCCACGGGGCAUUCGGGGUGGCGCCCUCCGCAGUGGUCAGCCGGCGGACGACCACCGUGCCCGGGGUUCCAGCCACAGGCAGCCCAGCAACCCCCGGCCCCGGGAGCGACGGACGGAGUCACCCCCAGUGUUCGCAUGGACUUCCCACUCGCGGGCCGGCAAUCCCGGCUCAGGGGGCGGGGCGCUGCUGGCUCUGGACGAGGAACAGCUGAGCACCUAUGAGAUGGAGAUGAAGCCGCUGCUGAGGAUGGAGGCGCAGGAGGCGCACCCCAAGAGACGCUACGGCAAGGGGGGUGCAGGCCGGGGCCCCGCCGAGGAUCGUGGCUUUGGGGUGCAGAGACUGCGGUCCAAGGCUCAGAACAGGGAGAACUUCCGACAGACGCCCCCUAGUACCGAGCCCGCAGUACAGAAGCUGGACAGCCUGCGGCUGGGGGAAAAGGCGGAGCCACGGCUGCUACGAUGGGACCUGACUUUCUCCCCGCCCCAGAAGUCCUUGCCGGUUGCCCUGGAGUCGGACGAGGAGAAUGGGGACGAACUUAAGUCCAGUGCGGGCUCAGCACCCAUCCUGGUUGUCAUGGUGAUCUUGCUAAACAUCGGAGUUGCCAUUUUGUUUAUUAACUUUUUCAUCUGA